AUGGGGGAGUCGCUCGAUGUAUGGAGAGUAUUCUUCAGGACGACGGACACCGACAUCUUCGAGUUCAUAGACAAGGCGAUCACGAUCGCUGCGCUCGAUUUCCCGAAAGAUUUUCUGUCACGAAGAGGCCGUAUCGCGGAGCGGCUUUUCUCGCGCGAGGCUGCUCGGGCCGGAGGUGAUUGCGCAGCCACGAGUAAAGAAAGCAAGGCGAACGGCCACGUGGGUAAUGCUGCGCACGAUGUGGUGAGCAUAAACUGCAGUCAUGGUGAAGCUGAGACAUUCAGCGAUGAUAUCGAAUGGACCUCUCAAGUUGUUCGCGAAGUUCUAAGGAUCAAGCGGGUUUUGGACAAUAGUCGACGUGAGUCUGAUUCCGCGUUGCAUGAAUCACUGAGAAGACUCCAGUCGAUGAGCAUCACUGUGGAUAUAUUGGAGAAAACUAAGAUCGGGGUAAGCGUCAACAACCUCCGAAGGAAUUGCGGGUCGAAACAGAUUGCUCUGCUUGCCCACAACAUUACUAUGGGAUGGAAGGCUUUGGUGGAGAAGUUUUGCUGCCGAACAGGGGAUGCUGCUGAUCCUCACAAAGUUGAAGACGGAACAACAUCUUCCGUCAAGAACCAGAACAUCGGGGAACCGCCACAGGAGAAAUACGACUUCAAAGAGCCCGCUUCACUUGCUAAAAAGAAGCGGAAGCUAAAUGUGAACCAGCAACCAGGCACCGGGAAGCCCAAUAUGUCCUCAAAUACUAACUCGAGGACAACCCCGGCAAGCGAGGUUGCAUCAUGGAAGUUGGCGAAGGAGAGAAUGUUUCGGUCGAAAACCUCAAACCGAUCAAUCACGGGGUGCAAAAGACAAAAUGCCAUUGACGUGACCAAAGGCUGGAACGAAGUUGUGGCGGACAUUAAGUAUGAAGCCACCAAGAGGAAGAUGCAAGAACUUUACCAAAAAGUAGAAACGGGCAAGAGGCGGCGGACUGUGCAGACAUUGGAUUUGUGUGAUCUCCCAGAGAUGGCAGCGAAUCAUAAGCCCCCGUGCGCCAGAACUGCAAAAGCUCAUCGACAGAGGGUGAUUUCGCGGAGCCGGGUUUCAUGCGUUUGA